GAAGCGAACUCUACGGAGUCAAGGCCCACUUGGAUUUGCCACCUUAGUGCUUGGACUGUGUGAGUGAAAACCCAGUGGCUGAGCUAGUGAUAAUGCAAUCACAGGAAUCCAUGACCUUUGAGGAUAUAGUUGUAGACUUCACCCAGGAAGAAUGGGACCUGCUGGACACAUCCCAGAGAAAGCUGUUUAGAGAUGUGAUGCUAGAGAACAUUAGUCAUCUAGUCUCUGUUGGCAAACAGCUCUGCAAAUCAGGUGUGCUUUUUCCUUUGAAGCAAGGAGAAGAACUCUCAGAAGGAAUAAGUGUUCUGCAAGGCCAGAGUCCAGGUACGGAAGGUUACCCUAUAAAACAAGAAAUGAUAUCCAUGCAACAUACCUAUAAGAAGGACACAUCCACGAAUGGUGCAAUGCAGAGAUCUCAUACUCAAGAGGAUUCUUCUGAAUGUAAUGAUUUGGGAGAAGAUUUCACUGAACAUAUUACAUUGACUCAAAAUGUGAUGACUCACAUGGGAAAGAUACACUGUGUAAGCAAAGAAUUUGGGAAAUCUUUCAGUGACUGGUCAUUCUUUAAUCAACAUAAGGAAAUACACACUAGAUAUAAAUCAUAUGAAAGUCAUCUGUGUGGUUAUGCCUUUAUUCAAAGCUCUUCCCUUAGAUCACACAGUACGACUCACCCUGGAGAGAUAACAUUUGAAUGUCAUGUAUGUGGGAAAAUCUUCAGUAAAAGUUCUAAUCUUAGACGACAUGAGAUGAUUCACACUGGACAGAAGCCACAUGGAUGUCAUCUAUGUGGGAAGGCCUUCACUCAUUGCUCUGACCUUAGAAAACAUGAGAGAACUCACACUGGAGAGAAACCAUAUAGAUGUCAUCUAUGUGGGAAAGCCUUCAGUAAAAGUUCGAAUCUUAGACGACAUGAGGUGAUUCACACUAGAGAGAAAGUACAUGGGUGUCAUCUAUGUGGGAAAGCAUUCUCUAAUUGCUCUGACCUUAGAAAACAUGAGAGAAGUCACUUUGGGGAGAAACCAUAUGGAUGUCAUCUAUGUGGAAAGGCUUUCAGUAAAUGUUCUUAUCUUAGACAACAUGAGAGAACUCACAGUGGAGAGAAACCAUAUGAAUGUCAUCUGUGUGGAAAAGCCUUCUCUCAUUGUUCUCACCUUAAACAACAUGAGAGGAGUCACAAUGGAGAGAAACCACAUGGAUGUCAUUUUUGUGGAAAAGCCUUCACUGAAUCUUCUGUGCUUAAACGACAUGAGAGAACUCACACUGGAGAAAAACCAUACGACUGUCAUGUAUGUGGGAAAGCCUUCACUGAAUCUUCUGACCUUAGACGACACAAGAGAACUCACACUGGAGAGAAACCAUAUGAAUGCCAUCUGUGUGGAAAAGCCUUCAAUCACUCUUCUGUCCUUAGACGACAUGAGAGAACACACACUGGAGAGAAACCAUAUGAAUGCAAUAUAUGUGGUAAAGCCUUCAAUAGAAGUUAUAACUUUAGACUUCAUAAGAGAGUUCACACUGGAGAGAAACCAUAUAAAUGUGCUCUGUGUGGGAAAGCCUUCAGUAAAUGUUUUAACCUUAGACAACAUGAGAGAACUCACACUAUAAAAACAAUAAAUGUGGACGAUUCUUCAGACAUAGCUUCAACCCUAAAUACACUAGAGGACUAACACAUUAAAGAAACAUUAUGUCUGUAAUUGUGGAAGAAGCUUUAGCCAUCAUUACUGCUUCACUCAACCUAAGUUAGUUUAAGAUGGAGAGAUUCCAUAUGUAUUUUAUCUGCAUGGUACAAACUGUAGACACUGAACUGAUCAUGUACAGCAUGAGAGAACUCACACUAUAAAUCAAAUGAAUAUGGAAGAAUCUUUAUCCACAGCUCUGUUUAACAAAAGGGGGGAAGCACAUCUCAGAGAAAUUCUGUGCUUGUCAACAAUGUGGAAAUAACCUCAUUUAUAAUUCAUCCUUUAAACAAUUGAAUAAAAUCCACAAGAGAGAAACCCUAACUGCAAUUGCUGUACACUCUUAUUUAGCUAAACAAGAGUCUUGGUAUGCACAAGAAAAUUCAGUGUAGGGUAACUGCUAAAACAGGAAUAAGUGAAAAUAUUUGUUGCUAGGUAGAUGAAGCCUCUUGGACAAUUCCAGAUAUUCAUAGUGGAGAAGUUAUUCAAUGAGAAAUUAUUUUAUUAAUAGAGUAAUACUUAUAUAUUAGGCCAGGAUUCACAUGGUAUAAAACACUCCCAAUGUCAUGAAUGAAGGAAACUUCAGUUAUUACUUAUUCCUUAGUCAAUACCAGUAUUUGGCCACUGAGGAGAAAACAGUUCUGAUACAAAAGUGGAAAAGCCUUCAUGUAGAUUUCAUGUCUGAAAAGUCAAACUGUAAGAAAAAUUUUAAAAGCCAUUAAGCAUAUGAUUCUGCAAAAAGUUGGAAUUUUGACCAAAGAUUUGUUGUUGAAAACAUGUUAAAUGUAAAAUUCUGAAGAGAUCUGGGUGUAUUGAAUGCAGAAUUUUGUAAUAAGUAACAAAGAUUAAACACAAUUAGUACUGGCAGAAAUGCAGGUAGUAAGUGCUGUUGCUGAAUAAUCUAAUGUUAUCUAAUGUUGGUAAAGUUCUAGGCUUUUUAUACAGUUUUAAACACAUAAAUUGGGGCCAAUUAGAAACUAACAUUGAAUAGCACUGAUAUAUGUAGAACACAAAAUUAUAUGUCCUAACUAUAUUAGUGGUAUAUGUGUACAUGGCAAUGAUAAAAUGAAGCAUCGAUUAUUAAACACACACUUAACAGGUAAAAUGUCAUGGUACAUAACUUUGCCUCCUUUAUUUAGAAACCACUUUAUUGAAGUGUAAUUGACAGUACAAGAAGGUAUACAUGUUUAAUGUGUACAACUUACAGAUACAUUUACACUCACGAAAUCAUAAAUGCUAUCUAAGCCAUAAACACAUUUAUCCCCUCCAAAGGUUUCAUCCUUCGCUUACUUUUCAUUUUUUCUUUGUGAUAAAAAUACUUAAAUAAGGUCAACC